AUGGAUUUCGAUUUGAACGGAGGAAACAAACGAGUCUUCAAUCGACUCGGCGGGUCGGCUCGUCCGGCGGCGCCAACGGAUACAAGGCAGAAGGUUUGUUACCACUGGCGAGCGGGACGGUGCAACCGGUCUCCUUGCCCUUUCCUACACCGAGAGUUACCGGGUCCGGUUCCGAAUCAGGGUCCGGGUUACACGAACAAAAGGGUCGCCGAGGAAUCCAGUUUCGCCGGUCCGAGUCACCGGAGAGGACCUGGGUUUAACGGGAGCUCUAGUAGUAGCUGGGGGAGAUUCGGUGGGAACAGGACGGUGACGAAGACGGAGAAGCUCUGCAAUUUCUGGGUCGAUGGGAAUUGUACCUACGGUGAUAAGUGUAGAUACUUGCAUUGCUGGAGCAAAGGAGAUAGCUUUGCGCUCUUGACUCAGCUUGAUGGGCAUGAGAAGCUCGUUAGUGGGAUUGCUCUGCCUUCUGGAUCUGAUAAGCUUUACACUGGGAGUAAAGAUGAGACGAUGCGUGUUUGGGAUUGUGCUUCUGGACAGUGUACAAGCGUACUCAAUCUGGGUGGAGAAAUUGGCUGUGUGAUCAGUGAAGGACCGUGGCUAUUGGUUGGCAUGCCAAAUCUUGUAAAGGCGUGGAAUAUGGAAACUAAUGCAGACCAGAGUCUCAAUGGACCUGUUGGCCAAGUGUAUUCUCUUGUUGUGGGUACUGAUCUACUCUUUGCUGGCACACAGGAUGGCUCUAUAUUGGCAUGGAGAUUUAAUGCUGCCACAAACUGCUUUGAACCGGCGGCGUCACUGAAUGGCCACACGCUUGCGGUUGUUACCUUAUACGUUGGGGCGAACCGGCUUUACUCGGGUUCCAUGGAUAAAACUAUAAAAGUUUGGAGCCUGGAUAAUCUUCAGUGUAUACAAACGCUCACUGAUCAUACAUCAGUAGUGAUGUCUCUCAUUUGCUGGGAUCAGUUUCUUUUGUCUUGCUCGUUGGACAACACUGUUAAGAUAUGGGCUGCAAUUGAAGGUGGCAACUUGGAAGUGACAUACACUCACAAAGAAGAACAUGGAGUGUUAGCUCUUUGUGGCGUACAUGAUGCAGAAGCCAAACCGGUUUUGUUAUGCUCUUGCAAUGAUAAUUCCUUGCGUCUCUACGACUUACCAUCAUUCACGGAGAGAGGAAAAAUCUUUGCAAAGCAAGAGAUACGGUCGGUCCAGAUUGGUCCAGGUGGCAUAUUCUUCACGGGCGAUGGAACCGGUCAAGUUAAAGUAUGGAAGUGGUCGACUACGCCAACCGCAGCUACGUCUUGA